CAAAGACCCCACAGCGGAGCUCUGCGAUAAGAUCUUUGAUCUGCAGUUCCUUCCUACACAGCUUUAUUACCUCAUGUGUUUCAUUCGAGUGCUAUCCUUCAACUACAAUGUGCACACACAUGAAAAGCAGCCUUCCGUCUCUCUUGGAUGCAUACCUUCCACCACGGCUCAAGAAACAGGGUGACCAAGGUCAACAAACUAAUCCACACAAAAGGGACCCAAGCAAAUAUAAAAGAUUGCCCCCACUGGAUGAAGAUGAAGAUGAAAACGAUGAUGAAGACGUUGGUAAUGUCAAAGCCACAAGGAAGGCCCUUCGGGAACAGCACUACCUGGAGAUCUACAAGGACAUGUACAGGCUGUGUAAGGCCUUGCGUUUGCACUACAAGGAUUUACUGAGCAAGAAGGUCCAGAAGCAGCGGCAAGAGAUCAAAGAACGUGAUCUUCAUUUCCAGCAGAAAUCCGAGAAGCAGAAGAUUGGACGGAAUAGUACAAGGCCAAUGCUUGGUCACCAGUCCGAAUUUUGUCCGCUCCGUCACGAUAUUGAAUAUCUCAAGUCUGUUCCAAAGUCACAUUCUUACAUGAUUGUGGAAGUACAAGACCAACUAGUCAAGAGUGGGAUUCUGAAAAACCAAGAAGAUUAUGAACAUUUCUGGAGGUUGCUAAAGCAAAACUCUCGUUCGCAUUUUGAAACAAAACUCCAGGAUGUAAAGUUAAAAAUGAAUAGGUCACCACCCUACUCAAAGACCAGACAUGUACAGCAGCAGGCCGAAGGGCCACGCGUGGGCAGAAUGAAAAUCAAUCUUUCCACAGAUAGUGAGCUUCCCGGAUUGCCGACCUUACAUCACGCAACUCAUCCCAAGAGUAAACAAAGGAAAGUGCAUGAGGAAUCUGAGCAGAUUUUUCCCAAGGUGAAAAACCUUAAACAAAUGCAGGAGGCUCCUCAUCAUGAAGAGGUGCAAUUUGACGUGCUUUACCAGAUGUACAAUCGCUCCAUUGCUAAUGUGGCGAUAUCCCAACGACUGCUUAAGAGGAGUGGCCACUUCGCAGAGUUCAAAGAGCCCACUGUUCAAGAUUUUGUGUUUUGUCAUGAGAAUUAUAUAACAGAAAAAGAAAUCCAAAGUAGAAGGAAAAGAAGUAACUCGUUUCCAUCUCGCAAUGAACUUGACAUCUGUGAGAAGCCAAAUCCAAAGAGUUUUGAGUCUCACGAUCAGGAUGCAUCUGAGGAAAUGAAAGCAGAGUAAGUGAACCAACCUUCACCUUUCCUUUCACAACUCAGCAUGAAUCCGGAACGGAAUAUGGAGCUCUCAUUAUACCUUUAGGUGGUUUAAGAAGAAAAACACACAAGAGGAAUAUGGGCUGUCAUUUUGAGCACAAGUUAAAUAACAUUUGUUGAAUGUC